AUGCUUGAACGUAUGAUAAUUGAUAUUUCAAAAUGGAUUGUAAUUAUUUUAAUCUUUUUUAUUGCAUUUGCAUGUUCAUUAUUUUUAAUUUUUUCCAAUUUUGCUGUGGCUUUACAACAACAAGAGGAAAUUUUAGGUAAAUCAUUGAAUGAUGUAGAACCGAAGACUUCUUCAAUUACAAGAUAUAGUAAUUUAUCAAUAGAAACAAGUUCUCGAUGUUUACCAUACUAUGCAUUUCUAAAUCAAUCAUUUCCAAAUAUAACAUAUUUAGAAACAUUAGAUAAUAUGGAUCAAGAUAAGAAUUUUUCUUGUAAAAAGACUAGAGGUUAUGAUAAAAUUCAAAGAAUUGGACGAUAUCCAGCUAUCUAUUAUUUUGGUAAAAGCUUUGGAUCGACAAUAUUGACAACAUUUUUUACUUUAUUUGGAGUUAUUGCUGAAGAUGAAUUACCAGAUCGAGGAUAUGAACUUGUUUCAUUAACAUGUGAAAAACCUGAUCAAAAAUAUUAUGCAUCAGGUUUUGAUUUAUUUUCAUCAAAUCUUGGUUUUGUGAUUUUUGGUCUGUUUACAUUUAUUUGUGUGACAGUUCUUAUUAAUACUUUAAUUGCUAUGAUGGGAAAAACCAUUGAUACAAUUGAUGAUCGAGCUGAUGUUGAAUGGAAAUUUGCUCGUUCAAGACUUUAUAUGGAAUAUAUACGAGAUGGAAAUACUCUACCCGUUCCAAUGAAUAUCUGUCCAACGCCAAAAUCUUUUAUUUAUCUUUUAAAACGAAUAAAACAUAUGAUUUAUUCGAAAAAUUCAUCAAAAAAUAAUAAUGAACGAUUAAAGGGAAAUAAAGAUGAUCAAUUGGAUGAUCUUAAUAUUAGAAAUCGUAAUAAUGGUAAUAAUGAUACAAAUAAUAGAAGUACACAAAAUGAUAGAUUUAAAAAUGAAAGAAUCUUUGAUCGUCAACGUAGUUAUGUAAUACAUGAAACAUUAACAUAUAAAAUAGUGAUUGAACGUAUUGUUAGACGAUUUUUACUUUAUUAUAAAAAUAAACAUAUUGGUAUUAAUGAAACAAAUGAUGGUCUUGUACUUAAAGAACUUAAAAAUGAUGUAUCAUCAUUUCGUUUUGAAUUAUUGAAUGAAGUUGAUAUGCUAGAUGAAAUGCGCUUAUCGAUUGUUGAACCAAUGAAAAAAUUCAAUAAUAAUUUACAACAAUAUUUUGAUUUUGAAACUAUCAAACAAUAUUUAAAUGAUAAAAAUACAUGA